AUGGCGGAACGUCCAGGCUACCGGCUGUGCGGCACCGCGCCAGCAAGGGUAACACAGUGCGUGGAUAUCGCGGCGCCAUCUACGCUGGUGUCACCCGCGUACUGGCCCUGGAACGCCGCCAUCCACACAAUCGCCAAGUUCCGGCCGGAGCAGUACUGUGGAGGAGCGCUAAUCAGUGAUCAGCACGUGCUCACCGCAGCGCACUGCAUCGACAAGCGAACAAGCGACGGAAUAAGGAUUCACUUGGGGUCCUGGCGACGAAGCGCAUUCGACAAGGGCGAACUCGCAAUACCCGUGAAAGAAAUGUGCAUUCACCAGAAUUUCUCCGGCAGCACCAACGACAUCGCUAUCAUAACGCUUGCGGAGCCUGUGACCCUCACGAGUGCGAUUAGGCCAGUUUGCCUUCCCUACCGAAAGGAAGCUUCUCCAACAGACUCCGAAGCCUACACGACGAGUUGGACGGCUAAACCAAGAAAGGAAUACCCCCGCACGGAGGGAUCGCUGCAGGAACUGAAGCUGACGCUGCUUAACAGGAACGAAUGCUUGAAGCACUUUGAUGUCGUCCUCUCUGAAGAGGUGCUGUGUGCGCCGCAUGAUGGUGGAUCACUUUGCGAGGGAGGCAGUGGAGCACCUAUUAUGCAAAACAUCGGAGGUCACUGGUUCUUGCAGGGGGUCCUUUCCGGUGGCCCUGUCACCUGUGGGGACUCGACGCUGCCCAUGGUUUUCACGCGGGUUGCUAGUUUCAUGGAAAACUUCAUCAAUCCUUACUUCAAUUCCAGGACCUGUGAAGCGAAGAGAAAUGUUUGCAUACUCAAAUGACGCAACCACGGCCGCCGGAACUUAUCGACGCCGUCGGAAAAAUUAAGACGCUUCUGCGGUUGCGAUGACCCAUGUGUUCCAAUUAAUUCCAUUUAGCUGUUCGUUGUGCCGUCAUUAUUUAUGUCGCAAAGCCCAUAGUCACCACAAACUGCGUAAAAGCAUCAAUCUAUGCCACCAUUUAUGCAAACAGUAAAAAGCUCGAUGACAGUAAGUGUUCUAGUCGAGGACACGUAUUGUUUUAUUUUAUUUUUUCUUA